UUAUAAUGUUAGGAGGACCAAUACGAACCCAUAACCUAAAUAUGAAUACACGGCACAAUUAAGACACUUACCAAAUCGAAAACUGCUCCCUUUUCUCCUCCAUUAACUUCACUUUGAAGCCCAUUCCAACUCUCUCUCUCUCUCUCUCUCUCUCUCUCUCUGCCCUCUUGAUCUUCCUUUCUUUCUAUGCCUUUUAGAUUUCCCUAAACCACAGAAUUCUCUCUCUUUCUCUCUCUCUCUAUACAAGUUACAACAGAACAGACGCAAAGUACACGAGUGAUGGGUUCCUGUGUCUCCUCUUCUCACAACAACAAGAGCUACUCCGCCUCUGAUUCCGCCAUCAAGCUUGCGGCCUUACUCUCUAAACCCGAGACCAUCGCAACCACGUCAUCGCCCCUCAACAAUGACGUCAUCAUUGAUAAUUCUACUAUAGAUUCCGGUCGUCGGGAUUCAUCAGGUAAUAGGGAGGAGAUGAUGUUUUUCGAUUCAAGGGGGUGGCUUGAUUCUGACUGUGACGAUGAUUUCAUGAGCGUUGAUGGUGAGUUUACGCCGUCGCGAGCAACAACACCGGUGCAUCACAAAUUCUGCGACCAAAAUACUCCUAAAGCAGAGGAGAGAAAACAUGAAGAAGAACCGUCUCCGACCGACAGCAAGAAGAGACUGCUCGAACUCUUCAAAGAGACGCAAGACGAGGAUGAGGGUGAAGAAGAGGAUGACGUAGCAGAAGGCAAAGCAAGAGCAUGUCUCUGGCUAAGAACACCGGUCAGAUCUUCUGCACCAGCGACUCCUUAUAAUACUAAUGACAGAGAAAGACAACAACUCAAGAGGGUGAGAUCGGCGGCUCACGGUGGCUGCGUUCCUCGUUUGGUUUCUUGUAGCAGCUUCACUGAUCGCCGACGGAAGAUGAUGAGUCAUCCCCCCAUUAACGUCCAACGCUAAUAAGACAAACACUAAAACUUAAUUAAAUUACUAUACAUUUUGUGUUUUAAUAUGUCUAUUUUGUUGUUUUUUUCUCAAUGGAUCGAACAAUGUUCUCUUUUCAGCUCAUAAUGCUUUACUGUAAUGCACCAUUUUCCUUAAUAUUUAAUAAGAUAAUUUGUAAAUUUAUCCUUGCAAUCACUCAAAAUAUGUAUGUGCA